AAAGCAUGAUAACAGUUUCUGAUGUAUAUCUAAUUAUGGAUUGAUUAUAUGUAAAGGAGAGAUUUUAUUGUUCAUUUUUAUUUUGCCACUUUGUGCUUACGGUUUUGACUCGACUUCAAGUACUAAAUGGCCGACUCUCGCGGAUUAUGAUGAAGCAUUUCGUUUGGCCUCAUGGAUCAGCAACGAAACUGUAAACUUUAUCCUUACAGAGUACCUUAUCUUAUGUCCAGAACAGGACAUGUGUCUGGGGCCGAUGUUCAAACGUAACUACACUUUCACGCAACAACCUGCCUGUACACCGUGUGAGUGCGACGAUUCCUGCGUUAGACGAUCCACCUGCUGUCCCUCCAAGUUCUACAGACAGACGGACACUCCAGACUUCAUUGAAUAUCAACAGAAUGUAUUUGAUUCAGAAGAAGAAACACCGUUGUCUUGCAAGGAGCCUUUGUGGAAUCCGACAGGAGUUAGGUCCGGAAAUAACGGCUACUGGAUGGUGGAUACGUGUCCCGAUAAGCUUAAUUGCAUUGCACCACCCUCGAAAAACAUAUCACGGAAUACUCCUGUGACGUCAUUGGUUACCAAUCAAACCUAUUUUAACAUAUACUGCGCUCUCUGUAAUCAAGAAGAAAUGCAUCAUCUAUUGACUUGGGAAGAGAAAAAGAUUUGCAUUCAACGGUCGGCUCUUCUCUCCAUCGAAGAUAUGGAGGCUCUUUAUCAGUCUGUCUUUUCCGCGUUUCCGAUUUGCAACAUUGGUUUCCAUCCACCCACAUUAAUUCAGAACGUAGUCCAGUCAUGUAUUGCAUAUACGCACGAUGUUAACUGCAACGUACCCGUAAUGCGGAAUAAUGCAAUGACUUUUUACCUAACUAAAGCUUGUAAAGAGUACCAUUUGCCAUUCUACUCCUAUGAGAAACUUUACAAAAACAUAUAUUGUGCCCUGUGUGAACUUGGGAUUAAUGAUCUUACCAUACAGAAUGGAGGGGGAGGAGUUUUUGGUGAUUCCGUCAUUACUCCUUUUACAGCGCUCAUGAAUUUUCAACAGGUUGAAGACUCACCAAUCACGAAAAACAGACGAUGUACUAAGGAAAACCAGAUUUUCGAUAAAAGAAUGAAUAAAUGCCUUGAUAUUCAAUGUGAAGCGGAAUACAUUUAUCAAAACUCUUCCUGCAGCCUCAUCCAUAAAAUGUUAGAAGAAAUGAACUAUGAGAGGAAGAGGAACUUUGGGAGCCAUUAAAGAUCUUUGGGCCAAUUGUGUAAAAAUGAUGUAAACUUUGAAAUAAUCUUCUCAAUACCCAGGCAUUUAGCAAACAAACCACGUACAUGGUUAUAAAGAAGUACAACGAAGACUCUACAAAAGUUGUAAAAUUCCUUGUUCCAUGCCCUGGUGUUCUUGUUUUAGCAUGGCAGUCAUUUGAGCAUUAAAUCAAUGUUGUUAUUUAUCUCUGUUGAUCAGCGUCUAGUAGACCAAAAUCUAACCUUAGGCACGAAUAUGUGCAUUUCUUGAAAAUUGUAAAAUUUUCUUCAAACCCAUUAUUAAGCAUUUGAUUUGUUUGUUACAUUAAUUAACCAU